UUGUCGUUUGAUGAGAGAAUAAAAGGGAAGGUUGAGAUGGGGGGAGGGCAGCUGUAAUUAAGAGGGGGAACUAAUUAAGGGUAUACACCUUAUCAUCAGUGUUGAAUCAUURAUGUUUAUUAAUUCUAAGCUAGAUUAGUCAGAAGGGGUGCACGAGCCAACACCCCAAAGACAAGUGGGCGUAUUGGUUCAUGGACUGGGCUACCUGUUGUCUGAGCCAGAUAUCUUGGUCAGCGUCUUUACCCUGAGGCUUUCAAGAUGGCGGAUACGAAGCCGCUAUGGGAACUUCAGCAACAAUUCUCAUCAAUUUUUUAACGCCUUCCUCUUGAUCUAAUUCACAAGCGGCUACGAGAAUGUAUAACCUAAGAAGGCAAGCUCCCUUUACAGAUUUCUAAUGCCAUGAUCGAGGUUAAAGCGCGGAUGGUGCGAAGCGCUGUUUACCUCGCGGGGGAAACGUUACAAUGUGAAAUUAUUUUCACGAAUGUCAACGAGGAUUCAACUGCUCUGAAAAACUCUAAGGAAGAGAAAAAGGAGCCUAAAGUGGAGCGUCUCGCUUGGGCAAGCGUGCAAAUACACUGUCAAUGUUCAGUGAAUAGUAGCCGUAUUGUCAUCCCACAGAAAAAUGAUACUUCGACAGUCGAUCUCACGUCUCCAGUGGUGCUAAAAUCCAGCACAAGUUUUGCACCAUCGAGAGGUGAACAAGGGCAGUGCUUAAUGGACACACAACCAAAGAUCUUGUUUUGCGACUUAGAGCUCGCACCUGGCGAAUCUCGAACUUUUUUAUACAGUGAGAUUAUACCAGCUGAUGGACCACCUUCAUUCAAAGGAUAUGCCGUCAAGUAUUCUUAUAAAGUUACACUUGGAACCAGUCGUGUUAACUCACAAUUCAAGCUACUCAGACUUCCACUUCGUGUUUUGACUGUGCGAGGUUUAACUGAAACAGAAAAUUUCUUUGGUUUACCAGAACAGACUUCCAACCCAUUUUUAGAAAACAAAGCAAAUAAUAAUUCACUUUUAGAUAUAGCAGUUGAUUAUUUAACUGCAGUUACUUCGAAGAGAAACUCUCAUGUGUAUAAUAUUGUAAGCAAUAAAGGACAUGUAGGAAAAUUCUGUCUUUUUAAAUCAGCAUAUCGAAUAGGAGAAGAAAUUGUUGGUUCAUUUGAUUUCACUGAUACCCUUAUUCCUUGUGUAAAGUAUACAGUAACUCUUCAAAGCGAAGAACACAUUCCAGAAGAAUAUCGACCACCCCACUGUAAGAAUUCAGGAGCAAUAUACACAUCUUACUGCUCUGUUCAGGAGUACUGCUUGCAUGCCAAAAAGACACAUCUUGUUCUACCUGUUCCUGUUACAGUAUGUCCAGAAUUUGAAUCAGAUUUAGUUUGUCUAAAAUGGAGACUUCAUUUUGAGUUUGUACUUGCAAGUGGUGUUCUUCCUGCUGGAGCAAGUCCUCUUCAAUCAACAUAUCCUCAAUUAGACACUGCAACAUGGCAAGGGCCUGCAGACAUAGAGACUGAAAUAAUGACUUGGGAUUUCCCAGUCAAAUUACUAGCAACAAAUCCACUACAAGCAUCUUCAAUUUCUAUGAUAAGGACUUCAAAUUCAAUGAUGUUUUAGUAUUAUAUCAGUUUAGAUACAUGGAGCACGCAUAUAGCUGGGUAUAUCUCAUCUUCAUUCUGCUUAUAACGUCUGCCAACUACACCAUUCUCGAUACUCAUGUUUCAAGUCAAAAUAGUCACUAUGGUUACUAUCUUAUGAAGAGCAAGACCUAUUUCAGGAAGUGCCUUUCAACAUAAUAACCAAUUCAACUUCCAAUAUUCUGGUUGAAUGGCCAUGAUCAAGCACAAACCAUUUGGAGUCAAGGCUCUGGGAGAAACAGUAUUUUUAAAUUGUGAUUAUUCUUUAGUUUCCCUGAAGCAUUUGCUCAGAUUGUUUUGUGCUUGAUCACACAUGCAACCAAAAUAUCAAAAGUUGGCUAUUGUCAUAAAUCAUUUACAAAGACAACGAUCUGCAAGGCAGCAUACUCACUGGCAAAGUAUCAUCUAACUAGUUUUCAUACAUAAUAUUAUAUAGGAUAAUUAGAGCAUAAAUAAAUUAUUCCCACAGCUAAGACAAUCUCAGACUGUGUUAGCUGUCUCUCAAUAUUUGUUUUUCUCUGCCAUCAAGCAAGACAUUUUUACCUAAUGGCAGGUCUCAAGAUCGCCUCCUACACAGACAUCCAAAAGGUCUCUUAAAUGUUGUGGGACAGACCCUAAGGACGUUUGCGUAAGAGRCUAGGCUUUCGAAAACAGCUGGUCAAUGGCCAUUGUUGCCUCUUUGGGCAGUUCUCUUGACUGGUUGCCACAUUGACUGGUCACAUGUUGAUUAGUCCAAAAUGGCUGGUUAUUUGUCUGACCAUUGAUCAGCCGUUUUGUAGUCCUGGAAUGCAGCAAAAACAGACUAGGGAAUUAAGCAACCCAGUUAAUUGUGUGAUAUUAGGAACCCCAGUAACUUUUCUAGGUACGUGGACAUCAAAGUGUAUGUAACAUUUUUAUAUUUUAAUUUAUAAAAUAUUUGAGAUAUUAUUCGCAUGCUGAUUGGCUGGCUACCUUGUUUAUAUGAGAGGACUGAGACACGAUCAAGCAAAAUCGUUCAAAAAUGUUUUAUAAAAGCUAUAUAAGAUGGCUGCUUAUGUCUAGGUACCGGAUGGAUAUAAACACUUUGGGAGCUGUAGAGCACUUGAAUAGCAAGAGAAACACUCGGCUAUGCCUCAUGUUCCUAAGCUUGCUUCUCUAGUGCUCUACAGCUCCCAAAUUGUGCUUAUACCGUAGUAGAGACAUGCACACAUUUAUAUUUCUUAAUUAUAACCAUAUGGGGGUCUUGUUUCAUCGUCAAGAGAUCCUUUAUAAAUGGCUUGAACCAUUUCUAACUGAAAAUAUGAUAUAGGAUUAUAUAUUACUAAAAUACUAAAUGUUCUUGUUAUUUAAUAUACAAAAUACUAGCUUUUAAGAUAUCUCAAACUCCCAUAGCCUCCUAUAAGCAGACAUCUUUCUAUGCAGACAUCCCUUAGUAAGGUCUUUGCGAAAAUAGUUGUGGACUGCUAGUUUCGGAUAUGUCUUGGAAGUGUUAGUUGCGCUUACCUGGUGUGACUUGCUUCAAUGCUCUCCUAGCAUUCRGGGCUUAAAAUAAUGGCCAAUCAGUCACYAGUCAUGAUCACAGGCCAAAUUAGUUUUAGCUCAGUCAUACCUUAUUUCUGGCUAAACAUCACUGGUCAAAGUGACAGGCAAGGCAAAGCUUUAACCCAUGGCCAACAAGUCCCAGCUAUGGCUGGACAUUGUCUGAUGUCUGGCCGUUAUUUUAUGCCCUUGCAUUUAACAUGUGAUUACAAAGAGUGAAAACAAAUAUAAUGAAGAAUAGAAAUUUAUUAAACAGGUGAAGACUAUUCAUUAUUAAAAAUGGUUUUAUUUUUGGAAAA